GGCGCGCGUGCGGGGCUGCCGCCGGCUGGUGCGAAGCCACGCUCGCUCCCUCGCUGUCUCCGGGAGAGCUUCGGCCACGCUGUUACCCAACAUGAUGGUGGGUGAAGAGAAAUCUUCUGUAAGAAAUCGCUGGCUUACAUCCAAAGAAAAAGAUGAAGAAAAGACAAGUUCACAUAAAGAAGAAACUCAGCAGACACCAGAAGAGACCUCACAGACACCAGGAAAUGGUCAAUUUGACAGUGAACAAUGCCUGAAAAGGAAGAUUCUGUUGACAGCAGAGGCAGAACAGUUGAAGCCAUUUUUUAUGAAGGAAGUAGGUAAUCAGUUUGAUGAAUUUGUGACUAAUCUUAUUGAUAAAUCAACCUCACUGGAUAUUUCUGGUUCUGCAAAGUCCUUUGCCAUCCUCAAUGGAGGAAAGAAUAACCACAGAGCUAGGGAUUUGAGAAAUCGUCCAGAACAAGGAAAGCUUUUUGUUGUAAGAAGAUCUAUGUUGGAUGAGCUAUUGGAAGUAAACCACAUUCGAACAAUAUAUCAUAUGUUUAUUGCCCUUCUCAUCCUCUUCAUUCUCAGCACACUUGUAGUGGACUACAUUGAUGAAGGAAGACUGGUCCUAGAAUUCAGCCUCUUUACUUAUGCUUUUGGCAAAUUUCCUGUUGUAAUUUGCACUUGGUGGAUCAUGUUCCUUGGUACAUUGAUCAUUCCUUAUUUACUUUUUGAACGCUGGGCCAAAGGAUAUGCAAAGAGUUCCCGUCCAAUUGUCUAUUCUUUGUUCUAUGGGAUGCUUUUCAUGCUUUUCCAGAUUGUAGGUUUGGGAUGUGGAUCAACUUAUAUUGUAUUGACCUAUAUGUUGCCACCAGCUUCCCGAUUCAUAGUUAUACUUGAACAGGUUCGUUUCAUUAUGAAAGCUCAUUCAUUUAUUCGGGAGAAUGUUCCUCGGGUAUUAGAUGCUACUAAAGAAAAAUCACGAACUGUUCCGAUACCCCAAGUCAACCAGUAUUUGUACUUUUUGUUUGCUCCUACUCUCAUCUAUAGAGACAGCUAUCCCAGGAAUCCCACUAUCAGAUGGAGUUAUGUAGCAACUCAAUUUGCACAGGUUUUUGGUUGCAUGUUUUAUGCAUAUUACAUCUUUGAAAGACUUUGUGCUCCUUUAUUUCGAAAUAUCAAACAAGAACCCUUCAGUGUUCGGGUUUUGGUCCUGUGCAUCUUUAACUCCAUUUUACCAGGUGUGCUGAUGCUGUUUCUUUCCUUUUUUGCCGUUUUGCAUUGUUGGCUUAAUGCCUUUGCGGAGAUGUUACGUUUUGGGGACAGGAUGUUCUAUAAGGACUGGUGGAACUCAACAUCAUAUGCCAACUAUUAUAGAACCUGGAAUGUGGUGGUCCAUGACUGGCUCUAUUACUAUGCUUACAAAGACUUCCUCUGGUUUUUCAGCAGGAGGUUCAAAACAGUCGCCAUGGUAUCUGUCUUUGCAGUGUCUGCUGUAGUGCAUGAGUAUGCCCUGGCCUUGUGCUUGAGCUUUUUCUACCCAGUCCUCUUCGUACUCUUCAUGUUCUUUGGAAUGAUUUUCAAUUUCGUUGCCAAUGACAGUCGGAAAAGGCCUAUUUGGAAUGUCUUGAUGUGGACAUCUCUCUUCUUGGGACAUGGAAUCUUACUGUGCUUAUACUCUCAUGAGUGGUAUGCACGUCAGCAGUGUCCUUUGAAAAACCCAACGUUUCUAGACUAUGUAAGACCACGCUCCUGGACUUGUCAUUAUGUGUUUUAAAAACUUGGACUUCGAUUUUCUCUCCUGAUUGAAUGUGUGUGCCACCUGAUUUUGGAAAAGUAGCUACUUUUUUUUUUUUUUAAAGAAAGAUAUGCUGCGUCAAGAAAAAUCAAAUUGCUAUGAGUGACCCCAUCCAUUUAUAGUGACCAGUUUCUAUGGUCAGGAAGCCAGUUCUGUGCCAGUCUUCUGAAGCCAAGACAGUGAGUCAAGUCCAUUGGAAAUCCUGUUAAGGAGGAAGUUUUUUUCUUUCAGAGUAAUCUCUAAGGUACACACAGAUUUUUGGCUGAGCCAGCCUACCAAAGCUGAGCAGGCACAUCCAUCCAUUAUUUAUCUUUCUGUACUCAUUUAUUAAACAUUGUAUAUGUUUUCUUAGUUAAUGAAAUAGCCAAAACACAUUUAAAGAAUUAAUGCUUUGAAUAUCUAUUGCUUGCAACUUAUGUCUAUGCACACUGUUACGUGUAUUGAUUAAAAAUGUUUUUGAAAAAGGGAAUAACUGUUAAUAUGGAAUAAUAUAUAUAAAGGACAAAUGUCAUUGAUUUUUACAAAAAUAAUUCUUGUACUUUUUUGUAUUGUUUUUAUUCCAAUAUAUAUGUAAGAAUCCAUUCAGCUGAGUCAAAAAAUAUUCUGAACUAAAGUUAUCAUUUCAUGUUAUUUCUGUGUUCUCUAACGUAGGCCAUGAGAUUUAUGUGAAAUAGAAGUAUUCCUUUCUAUUAGAAAUCCUACAUAGGUUCAUCUAUUCCUGAUCAGGCCAAGGGAUGAUGGAGGGUUGUUGUUUUUCUUAUAAUCCUCUUAAGCUGUUUCUUUUUGGGGGAACAAACAAGUAUUGUUAUUUAUUAUGGAGCUCAUUACACAAUAGUAAGGGCCUAAAUUUUUCAGAGAGCAAUUUACCAUCUAUUUUUGAAAAUUCAGGUUGGUUUGACUUUAUUUAGAAUUAUCCUCUAUAUAACUAUUGUUCUCAAAGGAAAAUGAAUCAUUUUAAAAUUUGAUGUAGACUAAAUUCUGUAAAUGUAUAAUAAAUUUGGUCACUUUCCUCAGUAAUAAGGUAGGAGAUUAACCUAGAAGUUGGCUCCUGCAUAAUUCAGUGAUGACUCUUUUUCAGUAGUAUUGUGCUUCUACGUACAUUUGAAACUGUGACUGUUUUCAAGGAAAUGUUUCUAUUCUCUUUGAUUCUGUAAAGUAUAUUUUGUUUCUUCCAUAAUGUUUUAAUACUCUACUAGAGAGAAAGUAUAGAUUUUACUAUUUGAUGAAAUGUGAAAGAUUAGAAUUCAAUCAUCAAGUUCCUCCUGACUCAGGUUUGUAGAUUAUAGACAUGUGAAGAAUUUGGAAAUUCUCUUAGCCAAACUGAAGGAAACUUCUAAAGGAAUCUCCUAAGUUCAUGUAGCUUAAAACUCAGAUCUUUUUGAUAACAAGUUCACCGUGUAGCACUGCCUCCAUAACCCAAGGAUUAACACUGUAUUUUCAACAAAGCCGAGGACGAUGAAUGAUUUUUUGCCAUCAUGACCUUAGCAAACUAAUGUACUUAUAGAGGCGAUAUGGUCAUUGCUCUAAAGGUAUUUUGAAUUCCUCUUUUGGAAAUUGCCUUUGGAGCUACUUUUCAAGUCUCAUGGGAAAUCAGUCUCAUUACUUUGUGUCUAAUUUUUACUCCAAAACACAUUACUCAACUUGAUUGCCUGCCUUUAUUGCUACCUUUGAAAAUAUUCAAAGGACUGUGUCCUGUAGGCUUGUAAGGUAAUUACUGAAGGGGAAAAGCAUUUGGUAUUUAUCUCUAUAGUACCUUCAAUUAGAGCUUUAAAGGUGGUAUUUUACCCCAUCAUACAGAGUGGAAUAUUUAUUUCCCUUUUUAUUAAGAAUUCUUGGACAAGAAUUUUCCUUUUGUUAACUAAUUGACCCAGAGCUUUAGCUGAGCAGCUGAAAGUAUAUGCAUUUCUAUUUAGUAGUUUACCUUUUUCUUCCCUCUAAUUUUGAGAUUUUAAAUGGUCUUAACAUGAGAAUUUGAAUUGAUAUGAGACUACAGGGAGGAAUAGUUUUGGCUCAGUCUUUUGAUUUCUGUCUUCUAGAGAGCACCUCAAAGGAUCAGCAGAAUCUUAUGUCUCUCUUGGUUGAUGGUCUCUCUAUAGUUGUCUUGAUCAUAUGAACAAGUUGAGAGGUCAGGAGAAUAGGGGUCUAAUUCUAAUCUCAUAGAGAUGCAAAGACUAGAUUAUAUAGAUGUUGCUGAGUUGCAGGGUCCCUUUUUUUUAAUCACUUUCAUUUCAUUUUAACUUUAAAGUAAUAUUUAUUUGAAAAUAAUAUUUGAAGCCCUUUCAGAUUACUCACAGAAUCCUGUAGUUGAAAAGGUUUUCUUCCUAUGUUCCUAUGUAGUUGGCAUUAGUUAACAAAAGCUUUUAUUUCAGUAUGGUUUCAAUCAGAAUCACAAAAUCAUUUAAACUUUUCCUUGAGAGUAAAUAUGAAGCCAAUUUUCUACUGUCAUAUAUGACUUGAAUUUGCUAGUGAUAUAGCUGCUGAGAACUUUCUGGCAGGAAAAUGAGUAAACUAAGAAAACAUUGAGAAAUCCAUUUAAUUUCAUAUGUUUAUUCAAUAACUAAGGCCCAUGCUUGAUAAUUUUGUUUAAUGGGAGAUUUAAAAUUGACCUCUGGAAAAUAACGAAAGCAAGUUAAAUGGACAUUGAGACAUAAAAAUCCUCGUUAGAUUUUUUUUUAAUGCUUUUUCUUCUAUGUUGAAAAAAUGGGUAUUCUUGGAAAAUUUCAGAACGAUAAAUUGUAUUGGUGUGGGUUUUUCAGGAUCAAAUAAUUUUCCUUGCAACAGAAUUUAUUCUAGUAAUUAUUUUCAGCAGUAUUGUUUAGAUAGCAUAUGCUUUUCUCUCCAGAAAUUACUUUAAAGACAUUCUUAGCAUUAGUAAGAAGAUAGUAGGUAGGCAAAUCUAAGUUGGAAAACAGUUGCUAGUCUGGAAGCUCUCUAUUACUCAAUC